AUGAGGAAACGAUCAGCAAGACCGGCACUGAAGGCGAAGAAGUCCCGGACACGAUCGGGAUGCUUCACAUGUCGUGAUCGUCACAUGAAAUGUGACGAGCAACUCCCGGUAUGUCAAAACUGCAUCAAUUCAAAGCGCAAGUGUUAUCGUGGCAUCCGGCUAAAUUUCAGUCAGUAUGUGAUAUACAAUCCCAAGUCCUCGGGAUUCUGGAAUGAGAUGCUUGUCCCUGGAUACUAUAGGAUCUUGGAUCAGUCCAUCGCAAUUGCAAAGCUAUACAAAAACGGGUACAGUGGUUACAAGCAGUAUAGAAAUUUACACAUGGCCAAGGAUUUGGCGGAGGCAGAGCAAGUUCUCCGAAGCGACUUGCAGAGCAGCACUUCUCACCCUCCAAAUCUCGAUCUUUUGACAAACGGCCCAGGAAAUGCGGAUCUAAUUCUUCAGCAGGAGGAUUUGUCUCAAUUUUUCGAUACAUGGCUAUUUUCCGGCGAGACCACUGACCUCAAUUCCUCGCAAAUGAUACGUAACAGGAUCCAAGAAAACGUCGACAUCAAGCGCAUUUUGAUGAACCCUGAACUCCACGACAAACAGCUAGGUGGGGUGAUGCAGGCAGACUUCAACCAAAAGAUGUCUGAGGGGCCUGAGAAGUCAUCACGUAGGAAGCCCCUGUUUGCUGCGGCAACCGCCCCGGAACUCCAAAUGCUACCGGAAGAUGCCGAUGGGUUUAUCAAUCUCAUUCAUCGACAGAAGUACUUCUGGCUUCUUGAUCUAUUCAACGAACUACGCAUUUGGGAAUCGUGUGUCCCCAGUUACUGUGUUCGACUAUACCAAGCCUCAAAAAUUACUAGUGUGAGACAGGAUCCGGAUGACAAGUUCUUGUUCAGUUGUCUAUUGUUGAGCGAUGAGAGAACUAGCACAAAGAACAUGAUAAAAAUGACCCAAUUGCAGGUUCAGCGGUGGCGAGAAUUCGAAAAGAAGGAUGUUACUUUCUCAACAUUUCCAGCGUUCGAGAAAGUCAUUAUUUCUACUGUUCUCAUCGUACAGUCGGUGUUGGUUAAAGCCAUGCAACCCGAUUUCAUAGCCGACCCGCAAAUUAUAAUGAUUUUGGCCAACCAGGGAAAACUCAUACAUAGGGCCACAGCCCGCUACAACCGAGUACCUGUCUCUAUACUUAAGAGAUUAGGGAGCACAACAUUCACAGUUGCAUCUUUUCAGGCCAUUGUGGUCCUCAGGUUUUUUUUGAAAAUGACGUUCCGCAAAUUAGGUAUUCAAACUGGUCGCCACCUAUCGGCGGAGGAACUUGCUUCCUUUGACUCGAAUUUCUCCUUUGUCAUCGAGGACAGCCAUGAGAUUUCCGAAUUUUUCACGUUGAAUGAGUCAGAGGUAUCUUUACUAUGCAAUGACUACCAUGGGCUCGAUCUCGUACAGGGAAAGUCGAUGUCAGAUUCCAAAAAACUAAGAGCUCAAUUCUGGGAAUUGGUGCUUUGUGAUUAUCAGACUUUAGCCGAGCAGCGAAUGAGCAACCCAUCGGACUUAGAGACAGAUGUACAAUCUGAGGUGUUAUUGUCUGAGGACACGACUGCACUAAUACCAAACCCAAGAUGCUUGGCAUUGCGGAUUUUAAAACUACAUCACCAAAGCAUAUCGGGAGCUUCAGAUGUGCGCGAAUCUUCUUUCACUUUGCUCCUGGAACUAUUCAAGAAAAUACAGGAGUCUGCCAUGUCCAGAGACACAAAAAUUAAAUGGAUCCUGAACUUCGACUGGUCGAUUGCCAGGUGA